AUGUUUUGUGUGUUCAGAUGGGGCAGCGAAAACAAGCACAAACAGAUUAAUAUCCAUCAUUCUUACAUUCUUACUAGCCCAAAAAGGAUAAAGGUAACUAGUAAUUCUCUCUCCUCUCUUCUCUCUCUCCUCUACUCACCCCCUCCAACGGAGACGAAAUGGGUAGGACCUAAAGCUAAGGAGGUGGACGGGUAUAAGCUUUGGUUCUCGGGUAAGUCGGGAGACAGGAAUGGGGUAGGCAUCUUAGUUGAUAGUGAGCUAAGGGAUCAGGUGGUCGAGGUUAGAAGGGUUAAUGACAGGAUGAUGACGAUUAAGUUGGUAGUUGAAGGGUUCACCCUGAACAUUAUUAGUGCUUACGCGCCGCAAGUGGGCUUGGACGAGGAGGUUAAGAGGCGUUUUUGGGAGGAUUUGGAUGAAGUAGUGGGAGGUAUACCUCUUACUGAGAAGUUAUUCGUAAGAGGAGAUUUCAAUGGACACAUUGGGUCUGUUUCGAGGGGUUAUAAUGAUGUGCAUGGGGGUUUUGGCUUCGGAGACAGGAACGGAGGAGGAGUCUCACUCCUGGAUUUCGCUAGGGCUUUUGCUUGGUGGUAG